AUGGGACAGUCCACGUCCGUCCACGAGGACAAGCGGAAGCAGCGCGCGCGCCGAGUCAUUGGCACGUUCAUGGACUUUGGAACGCACCUGACGAACGCCAACGAGUGGGCCCAGAGCUGUGCAACGCCCAAGAACUGCUACUUGUCGUUCCGCAUCGUCAUCGACCGCAACACGUCAGCAGAGCUGCUGCCGUACGUCUGGCGACUCCGCGACAAGGUGGUCGUUGAAGUGCGCAAGAUGCGACGGCCGGUCGCGCACUCGCUGGACGCAGCGGCCGUGCGCGACCGGACGUGCGCCGAGACGAUUGGCCCGGCCAAGGCGUUGACGGUUGCCCAGUUUUACUACGUGUACUGCUUUCUGGCAGACGUCCAGGCGUGCGCUGCUCACACGGUGCGCUUUCCCGAUUCGAGUCAAAGUGCGGAGGACGCGGACUUUGACGAGACCGAGUGCCAGAUCUGUAUGGACAGGAAGAAACAGGUGGCGCUGCCGUGCGGCCACAGUUUCUGCCUCGGCUGUUUCCAGCACUGGAGCACGCAGAGCCCCACGUGUCCCAUCUGCCGCGCGCCGUUCGAGUGCUCGGAAGGCGACGAGUUGUGGCCGCUGACGUCGAACGAAGUGGAAGACCUCGACGCGUACGCAACGGACCUGGUCGCGCGCAUCUACGAGUACCUGGACAAGCGCAGCACGUCGAGCCGAACGGAAGCGGACGUCAAGCGGUCUGCGGCGCUCUAUACGGCUGCGAUUGCUGUGAAGCAGACGCCGCUGCGCAAGUUUGUGCACGCGGACUUGUUCCCGACGGCGCUGCCGCUCGGGUUUCCCUUUGGGCUGCGCAGUGGGGUCCAUCUCGCGACGGACAUUGACACCGACCUGAUGCUCGCGCUCGAAGUGGCGUCGGGCGAAGAUCAGCACGCGGCGAUGCAGCACUUUGCGCAGGUUCGGCAGGACGAGCGACUUGCACUGGCGAUGGCUGGAGAGGAAGAGGCGGGAGAGAGUCCGAACGAGUCGUGA